AUGUCGAGCGAGAAGCCGCUUUCGGCACCACCGGGCUCGGCUUGCUCGCAGGCGGCCGCUGAUUCCACCAUCUCCUCCUGCUCCUCACCACCACCACCACCGCUGCCUCUUCCGGGGGAGAGGAUGCCGUCGUCCGCCGCCGGCUCGGUGGUGCUGCCGGCCGGCGUCAUCAACCCGGCCGUCCCGAUCAGGAAUAUCCAAAUGAAAUUCGCCGUGCUGGUGGGCCUCAUCCAGGUCGGCGAGGUGAGCAAUCGGGACAUCGUGGAGACUGUUCUCAACCUGCUGGUGGGCGGCGAGUUCGACCUGGAGAUGAACUUCAUCAUCCAGGAGGCCGAGAGCAUCGGCUGCAUGGUGGAGCUACUCUCUCACUGUGAGGUGACGUGCCAGGCGGAGAUCUGGAGCAUGUUCACCGCCAUCCUUCGCAAGAGCGUGCGUAACCUGCAGACCAGCACGGAGGUUGGCCUCAUCCAGCAGGUGCUGCUCAAAAUGAGCACGGUGGACGACAUGAUCGCAGACCUGCUGGUGGACAUGUUGGGCGUCAUGGCCAGUUACAGCAUCACAGUCAAGGAGCUGAAGCUGCUCUUCAGCAUGCUGAGAGGCGACAACGGCAUCUGGCCCAGACACGCCAUCAAAUUGUUGUCGGUGUUGAAUCAGAUGCCUCAGCGUCACGGGCCCGACACUUUCUUCAAUUUCCCUGGACGCAGCGCGGCGGCCAUCGCCUUGCCGCCCAUCGCCAAAUGGCCGUACCAGAACGGCUUUACCAUCAAUACGUGGUUUCGUCAGGAUCCGCUCAAUAACAUCAAUGUGGACAAAGACAAGCCGUACCUUUACUGCUUUCGCACCAGUAAAGGGAUCGGCUACUCUGCUCACUUUGUGGGCAACUGUCUGAUCGUGACCUCGCUCAAGUCCAAAGGAAAAGGCUUCCAACACUGCGUCAAGUACGACUUCCAGCCGCGCAAGUGGUACAUGAUCAGCAUCGUUCACAUCUACAACCGCUGGAGGAACUCUGAGAUUCGCUGUUAUGUCAACGGGCAGCUGGUCUCCUACGGCGACAUGGCCUGGCACGUCAACACCAACGACAGCUAUGACAAAUGUUUUCUGGGCUCUUCGGAGACCGCCGAUGCCAAUCGGGUGUUCUGCGGUCAACUCGGCGCCAUCUACGUUUUCAGCGAGGCGCUCAACCCGGCUCAGAUAUUUGCUAUCCACCAGCUCGGUCCCGGAUACAAGAGCACGUUUAAGUUCAAGUCCGAGAGCGACAUCCACCUGGCCGAGCACCACAAGCAAGUUCUGUACGACGGCAAGCUGGCCAGCACGAUUUCCUUCACGUACAAUGCCAAAGCCACGGACGCUCAGCUGUGUUUAGAGUCAUCUCCGCGGGAGAACGCCUCCAUCUUUGUUCACUCGCCGCAUGCCCUCAUGCUGCAGGACGUGAAAGCCAUCGUGACGCACUCCAUUCACAGCGCCAUUCACUCCAUCGGUGGGAUCCAGGUCCUGUUCCCGUUGUUCGCCCAGCUGGACUACAAGCAACUAAAUGACGCUGCUGUGGACACCACCGUGUGUGCCACGCUGCUCGCCUUCUUGGUGGAGCUGCUCAAGAGCUCUGUCGCCAUGCAAGAGCAGAUGCUAGGAGGCAAAGGCUUCUUGGUGAUCGGAUAUCUACUAGAGAAGUCGUCAAGGGUCCACAUCACUCGGGCUGUUCUGGAGCAGUUCUUGUCCUUCGCCAAGUACUUAGACGGAUUACCCCACGGGGCGCCGCUCCUAAAGCAGCUGUGCGACCACGUGCUGUUCAAUGCAGCCAUCUGGAUACACACACCUGCCAAGGUUCAGCUAUCUCUGUACACGUACCUGUCGGCGGAGUUCAUCGGCACUGCGACUAUCUACUCUACUAUUCGCCGUGUAGGCACCGUGCUGCAACUCAUGCACACGCUGAAGUACUACUACUGGGCUGUCAAUCCACUGGAAUGUAGUGCCAUCACACCCAAAGGCCUUGAUGGACCUCGGCCAUCCCAAAAAGAGAUCAUCUCACUGCGGGCCUUCAUGCUCCUCUUCCUCAAGCAGCUAAUACUGAAGGACCGGGGUGUCAAGGAGGACGAGCUGCAGAGUAUUCUCAACUAUUUGUUGACCAUGCACGAGGACGAGAACAUCCAUGACGUGCUGCAGCUUCUGGUAGCGCUAAUGUCCGAGCACCCGGCCUCCAUGAUUCCCGCUUUUGACCAGAGGAACGGGAUAAGGGUGAUCUGCAAGCUGCUGGCCUCCAAGAGCGAAAGUAUCCGAGUACAGGCCCUCAAAGUACUCGGAUACUUUCUCAAGCAUCUCGGUCACAAGAGGAAGGUGGAGAUCAUGCACACUCACAGCCUUUUCACGCUUCUCGGCGAGCGUCUGAUGAUGCACACCAACACCGUGUCCGUCACCACCUACAAUACGCUCUACGAGAUCCUUACGGAGCAGGUGUGCACGCAGGUGGUCCACAAGCCACACCCAGAACCGGACUCUACCAUCAAGAUCCAGAAUCCCAUGAUCCUGAAAGUGGUCGCCACGCUACUGAAGAAUUCGUCUCCCAGCGCCGAGCUGAUGGAAGUCAGGAGACUUUUCCUCUCGGACAUGAUCAAACUUUUCAGCAACAGCAGAGAAAACAGACGCUGCCUGCUCCAGUGCUCUGUGUGGCAGGACUGGAUGUUCUCACUGGGCUACAUCAACCCAAAGAAUCCCGAGGAGCAGAAGAUCACUGAGAUGGUAUACAACAUCUUCAGGAUCUUGCUAUACCACGCCAUCAAAUACGAGUGGGGCGGAUGGAGGGUCUGGGUGGACACGCUCUCCAUAGCGCAUUCCAAGGUGACGUACGAAGCCCACAAAGAGUACCUGGCCAAGAUGUAUGAGGAGUACCAGCGUCAGGAGGAGGAAAAUAUGAAAAAGGGCAAAAAAGGCUCAGUGUCCACCAUCUCUGGCCUGUCGGCUUCGCCGGCGCCAGUGGUCAACGGCAACCUGGAGAUGGAAGAUGCCACGCAAACGCCUGAGAGCGAGGCAGAGUAUAGCGAGGGCGCAGGUGGCGGGACCGGGGGCGAUUCGUCCCGCAACCUGCUGGCCGACGGUGCCGUCAAGAGGGGCGAGACAGAACAAGGUGCCGGCGUGAGGGUGGAGGUCCACGACUUGCUGGUGGACAUCAAAGCCGAGAAGGUGGAGGCCACUGAGGUCAAGUUGGAUGACUUAGACUUGAGUCCCGAAGGCCUCAGCGGGGGCAGGGGCGGAGGUGGGUCCUUGGAGAACGGACCGCUUGUGGAGGUAGACUCGCUCCUGGACAGCGCCUACUGUGCGGUGGUACAGAACCUCAAUGGCACCCUGGUACCCAAAGAAGACAAUGCUGCCGCGGCACCGGGUGUCCACGUGCCGCCAGGUUUGGGUCUCUCAGGGGUCACCUUGGAUGACGACGGCAUCAUGGGGCCCCUCAUCACGCUGGCUGACGAGAAAGACAGCGUUCCCAACAAUAACGGAUUCCUCUUCGGCAAGGUUGACGAGAAGCUUCUUCCUGCUCUGGCUGCCACCGAUGCCCUAGUCUUACCCGGUCCGGAUCAGCCCGCUCCAGCAGCAGCCACCAAUUCCAGUGACGACCUCGGUCUGUUGGCCCACAUGACCAGCUGCAGCUCGGCUGGCAACCUCCCUGAGGACGGGCCCUUUAAGAUCCAAAGCCCGCUGGCCGACAUCAGCUCCAUUGCCGAGGCCCAGAACCAAGCGGCGUCUCGGGCCGACUUCCCCGAGGGUGGCGGUGCUACCUCGACGACGGGUGCUGAAAGCGACGCUUCGGGUCACAAGGCUGGGGGAGGCACAGACACGGCCAGCGUAACGUCCGAUACCGAGAGGUCGGAUGAUGGCAAAGAGAAGAAGAUAUCAACCACAUCAACCACACAGGCUCUCCACGGCCGCAGCGCCUCACAGCUGGAGCGAGACCUCCGCGUGGAUCUGGGAUUUAGGGGGAUGCCCAUGACGGAGGAGCAGAGGCGGCAGUUUAGCCCUGGGCCGCGCACCACCAUGUUCCGUAUCCCAGAGUUCAAAUGGUCGCCCAUGCACCAGAGGCUGCUCACCGACCUUCUCUUUGCGCUGGAGACCGACGUGCACGUGUGGAGAAGCCACUCUACCAAGUCAGUGAUGGACUUUGUCAACAGCAACGAGAACAUCAUCUUUGUGCACAAUACCAUCCACCUCAUCUCCCAGAUGGUGGACAACAUCAUCAUCGCUUGUGGUGGCAUCCUGCCGCUCUUGUCCGCCGCCACCUCACCCUCCACCUCUAAGAGUAGUGCCAGCAGUACGGAGUUGGAGAACAUCGAGGCGACACAGGGCAUGUCGUCGGAGACGGCUGUCACCUUCCUGUCGCGGCUGAUGGCUAUGGUGGACGUGCUGGUGUUUGCCAGCUCGCUCAACUUCAGCGAGAUCGAGGCAGAGAAGAACAUGUCCUCCGGAGGCCUCAUGAGGCAGUGCCUGAGACUGGUGUGCUGUGUAGCGGUGAGGAACUGCCUGGAGUGCCGGCAGAGGCAGCGGGAUCGCAACUGCAAGUCUUCUUUAACCAGCAGCAAGUCGCAGGACAGCUUGCACGCCAUGAGUGUCAUCCAUCUUCAACAGGACCCGGAUCGACUCCUGCAGGACGUGGACAUCAACCGGCUGCGUGCUGUGGUCUUUCGAGACGUGGAUGACAGCAAGCAGGCUCAGUUCCUGGCUCUGGCCGUGGUAUACUUUAUCUCGGUGCUGAUGGUGUCCAAGUACCGAGACAUUUUGGAACCUCAAAGAGAGAUCAGCAGGUCCACCAGCCUGUCGGGACGCAGCAUCCGACAUGAGAUUAACUCGCCCACCAGCACGGAGCACCCGUCGUCAGGCUUCUCAGACCGUGAGAAGCAGACACCCACUCCAGUGGACGACUCCCCCCGCGCCGGCCUGCCCCACACCGACUCGGGCAUCGGCGAGGAGGGCCACGUGGGCGGCUCCCUCAAUGGUUCCGAAAUAGGCCUGGGGCUCGGUCUGGGCCUGGUGGGGCGGGAGACAGAGCGGGACCGGGACAUGGGCGGCGGCCAGGCCGACCUGCUGUGUAGCCUGUCGGACGUUGGGAGGUCUCAGGAGAGCCUUCUAGACUCCCCGCACAACCCCAACCCCCGACAGGCGCCUCCUUCGUCCAUUUCCAGCAUCAGCCAGACCAAUAAAGGCAUCAACGUCAAGGAGAUUCUGAAGAGCCUAGUGGCCGCUCCGUUGGACGGCAGCGAGUCAGGCCAAGAGUCCGGCCCGACACCUUACCACCCGGACCCGGCUCUGAAGACCCACCCCAUGCUGCCCAUGCAGUUUCACUCGUUUGACAGGAGCGUGGUGGUUCCUGUGAAAAAGCCACCGCCCGGGAGCCUGUGUGUCAACACGGUUGGCACACCCACCACUGGGGGCGCCGCCGCUGCCGGCAGCACGCCCAACAUCUUUGCCGCCGCCGCUGCGGCCACUCCCAAGAGCAUGAUCAACACCACAGGCGCCACGGAUUCCGCGUCGUCCUCUUCGUCUUCGUCGUCAUCGUUUGUGAACGGCGCGACCAGCAAGAACCUCCCCGCCGUCCAGACGGUGGCGCCUAUGCCUGAAGACACAAUGGAGAACAUGAGUGCCUAUUGUGAGGUGGCGCAGUGUGCAUUGCGCAGCGGUCAGACGCCCCCUGAGCUCAAGUCUUUUAGCUCUCUGGCAGGCUUCCAGGCAGCCCCCCGAGAUGCAGGACAGUGUUUUAGCAUCACCACCAAGCUGGAACGAGCGCUGGAGAAGGUGGCGCCGUUGUUGAGGGAAAUCUUUGUGGACUUUGCGCCGUUCCUGUCCCGCACGCUGCUGGGGAGUCAUGGGCAGGAGCUGCUCAUUGAAGGUACAGGUCUGGUGUGUAUGAAGUCCAGCACCUCAGUGGUGGAGCUCGUGAUGCUGCUCUGCUCUCAGGAAUGGCAGAAUUCCAUCCAGAAGAAUGCAGGACUGGCAUUUAUUGAGCUCAUCAAUGAAGGAAGACUUCUAUGUCACGCCAUGAAGGACCACAUCGUUCGUGUGGCCAACGAGGCUGAGUUCAUCUUGAACCGUCAACGAGCCGAAGACGUGCACAAGCACGCAGAGUUUGAGUCAAACUGCGCCCAGUACGCGGCUGACCGUCGCGAAGAGGAAAAGAUGUGCGACCACCUGAUCAGCGCCGCCAAGCACCGAGACCACGUGACCGCCAACCAGCUCAAGCAGAAGAUCCUCAAUAUCCUCACCAAUAAGCACGGAGCCUGGGGCACCAUGUCACAGAGCCAAUUGCACGACUUCUGGCGUCUUGAUUACUGGGAGGACGACUUGCGCAGGAGACGGAGAUUCGUGAGAAACGCCUUCGGGUCCACGCACGCUGACGUGGCGCUCAAAAGUCUUGAGGACUACGGCACAGAAGAAGAGGAAGAGGGGGCCAAGUCCAAGAAGACCUUUCGCAGCCAUUCAGCGGUUGCACAGAACCCUGAGGCUGAGUUGAUGCUGGAGGGCGAUGAUGACGCGGUCAGCCUGCUGCAGGAGAAGGAGAUCGACAACCUUGCCGGCCCCGUGGUGCUGAGCACACCGGCCCAGCUGGUGGCGCCAGUGGUUGUGGCUCGCGGCACGCUCUCCAUCACCACCACCGAGAUCUACUUCGAGGUGGACGAGGAAGACCCCGCCUUCAAGAAGGCCGACGCCAAGGUGUUGGCCUACUCAGAGGGUCUCCAUGGCAAGUGGAUGUUCAGCGAGAUCAGAGCCGUGUUCUCCAGACGUUACUUGCUGCACAACACCGGUCUAGAGGUCUUCAUGGCCAACAGAACAUCGGUGAUGUUCAACUUUCCCGACCAGGCCACGGUCAAGCGAGUGGUCUACAGCCUACCGCGGGUCGGAGUGGGAACCAGCUACGGCCUUCCUCAGGCCAGGCGAAUUUCAUUAGCCACACCGCGUCAGCUCUUCAAGUCAUCCAACAUGACGCAGCGUUGGCAGCGCAGGGAGAUCUCCAAUUUUGAGUACCUCAUGUUCCUCAACACCAUUGCAGGGAGGACGUACAACGACCUGAACCAGUAUCCCGUCUUUCCCUGGGUGCUGACCAACUAUGAAUCAGAGGAGCUGGAUCUCACGUUGCCUGGCAACUUCCGAGACCUUUCCAAGCCCCUCGGUGCUUUGAACCCGAAGCGGGCCGCGUUCUACGCCGAGCGCUAUGAGACGUGGGAUGACGACAGUUCGCCCCCCGACCACUACGCCACUCUCUAUUCCACGGCGCGCUCUACUCUCCUUUGGAUGCUCAGAAUAGAACCCUUUACCACCUUCUUCCUCAAUGCCAACGACGGCAAGUUCGACCACGCCGACCGAACCUUCUCAGGCAUCGGCCGCUCGUGGAGGAACUGCCAGCGAGACACUGCGGACGUGACGGAACUGAUCCCGGAGUUCUACUACCUGCCCGAGAUGUUUGUCAAUAGCAACGAGUAUGAGCUCGGCGUGCGUGACGACGGUAUGCCCGUCUGCGAUGUGGAGCUGCCAGUGUGGGCCAAGAAGCCUGAAGACUUUGUGCGCAUCAACCGCAUGGCGCUGGAGAGCGAAUUCGUGUCGUGUCAGCUGCAUCAGUGGAUCGAUCUGAUUUUCGGGUACAAGCAGAGAGGCCCCGAGGCGGUGCGGGCGCUCAACGUCUUCAACUUCCUAUCCUACGAGGGUGCCAUCAACUUGGACAAUCUGGACGCCGUGCAGCGAGAGGUGAUGGAGGCGCAGAUUCAGGCGUGCGGGCAGAUUCCGUCGCAGCUGCUCAUUGAACCGCACCCUCCUCGAUCCUCCGCCAUGCACCUGUGUUUCCUUCCUCAGAGUCCUCUGAUGUUUAAGGAUCAGAUGCAGCAGGACGUGAUCAUGGUGCUGAAGUUCCCGUCCAACUCUCCCGUCACGCACGUGGCCGCCAACACGUUGCCUCAUCUCAGCAUCCCCGCCGCCGUCACCGUCACGUGCAGCCGUCUCUUUGCUGUCAACCGCUGGCACAACACUGUCGGCUUGCGAGGUGCACCAGGAUACUCCCUGGAGCAAGCUCACCACCUCCCCAUUGAGAUGGACCCUCUCAUUGCCAACAACUCUGGCACCAACAAGCGUCAGAUUACGGACCUGGUGGACCAGAGCAUCCAGAUCAACACGCACUGCUUCGUGGUGACUGCUGACAACCGCUAUAUCCUGGUGUGCGGCUUCUGGGAUAAGAGCUUUCGGGUCUACUCCACGGAGACCGGAAAGCUGACCCAGAUCGUGUUCGGCCACUGGGACGUGGUGACGUGCCUGGCCCGGUCAGAGUCCUACAUUGGGGGAGACUGCUACAUCGUGUCGGGCUCCAGAGAUGCCACUCUUCUUCUUUGGUACUGGAGUGGGCGGCACCACAUUAUCGGGGACAACCCCAACAACAGUGACUAUCCCGCCCCUCGGGCUGUCCUGACAGGACACGACCAUGAGGUAGUGUGCGUGUCUGUCUGCGCCGAGCUGGGAUUGGUCAUCAGCGGAGCCAAAGAGGGUCCGUGCCUGGUGCACACCAUCACUGGGGACCUCCUGAGGGCCUUGGAGGGUCCCGAGCUGUGCCAGCAGCCACGUCUGAUCUCAGUGUCCAGCGAGGGCCACUGCAUCAUCUACUACGAACGGGGACGCUUUUGCAACUUUAGCAUAAACGGCAAGCUGCUGGCUCAGAUGGAAGUUAACGAUUCUACGCGGGCCAUCCUUUUGAGCAGCGACGGGCAGAAUCUGGUGACGGGCGGUGACAACGGCGUGGUGGAGGUGUGGCAAGCGUGCGACUUCAAGCAGCUCUACAUCUACCCAGGAUGCGACGCCGGCAUCCGCGCCAUGGACCUGUCUCACGACCAGAGGACGCUAAUCACCGGCAUGGCGUCAGGCAGCAUUGUGGCAUUCAACAUCGACUUCAACCGCUGGCACUACGAGCAUCAGAACCGCUACUGA